AUGCGUACCACCACGGACUUGGUCCAGCAACUCGCUCCGCUUGCAGCAGUUGUCUUCUUGUUUCUCUUCCCUCUAGUUGCGCUUCGCGCCUUCACUUUCCUUCGCCCUCGAUUUGCGACUUUUCAGAGCUCUGUCAUGACGUUUGGGGCGUUCUUGCCAUGGAAUUGGGGCUCUCACGACAAAGCUGUUUCCUCGUCGCCAUACAAUCUUGCCGAUCGUGCCAAUGGGAAGAAAGCGCGAGUACGGACGCGUGCAGACCAGGUAGCAGGUCGAAAGUCUCCCGCCGGAGAAAAGGGACCAGAAGUUGCAUCGGUGGUGUUGCCUCAGGACGCCCUAUUCCCUGGACUAGUCAAUAUGUCGGGCACUCAUUGUUUUAUGAACUCCACGCUCCAGGCGCUUGCAUCACUCACAUUCCUUGCACCUUACCUCCUGGCAAUUCGCACGCGUGCCGAGGCCCUCGACGUCCCCACCCCCGUUGUCGAUGCCCUCAUUGACUUGCUUGAUGCCUUGAACACACCCGAACCCUCGGGCCGGCCGCUUCGAGCAACGGCGCUUGUGGAAGCCUUGUGUUCUCCUCCACCCAAUAUGGAUGGCUCCUCCGAUGACCUCGCACCUACAUCAGCCUCUGCAUUGUCAGCCUUUUGGGGCUCUGGCUCUUCCAACCUCAACCUUGGAGCCAGUGCUAAGGCAACUGCACUCCUUGCCUCACACGAACAUCAAGACGCCCAAGAAUUAUUCCAACUCAUAUCCGAAUGCGUCAGAGAGGAUAAUGCCCGUGUUUCAAAAGAAGCAGCGCGAGACCGGGGAUUUGCGAUUGCUUCGUUAGAAACGUUGUCGCAGGCGUCUCUAACAAGUCCGUUCGACGGAUUAACAGCGACGAGGCGGUCAUGUGUGCGUUGCGGGUAUACUGCUGCAAUCAGGCAUUUCGCUUUCGAUACAAUUCAGCUUGCAUUGGAGAGCACCGGCGGUGGAUGGGGACCAACAUCAGUCCACGAUCUCCUCAGGGCGUAUAUCAAUCUCGAGGUUCUUCAAGAUUGCGCAUGCCGACGUUGCGAACUGAGAGCGACGGCCAGAAGACUACACGAAGAAGUGGAACGACUUGAAUCAACUACAUUAACCGACGCAGGUGGAAUGCAGGUAGACGCGGUUCCUAACGGACACACUAAUGGCCAUGUGCAUGAAUCGGACGACGAAGAUGGCUCUUCCGGUAAAAAGAAGAAGAAGAAGCAUAAACCUGCUGCUGAAGCAGGCGGGCCAACGCCUUCUCGACUCCGGCGGCUGAAAGUUGUUCGCAGGAUGGAAGCAAGAGUUUUGAAAGCACUCGAGACUGGGAGGAUCGAGGAGGAGGAUCUGGAAGGAGACUGGGACUGGGAAGCCAAGAACGAUUCAUUUGUUCAUGGACCUGGCGGAGAUGCAUUGAAGGGGGUCAGAAUAGAGCGAGUGUCUGGUGGAGUAUCGACUAGACAGAGCAUGAUUGGACGGCCUCCAACUGUUCUCGCUCUACAUAUCAACCGAUCCGUUCACACUGGCUUGCGCGUUGCCAAAAACAGCGCUAGCGUAGCGUUCCCUGAGAUUCUGGACAUCACUCCCUACACAACGGAUGGUGUUCUAAGUCUUGAGCCAACGGCCUCCCUCAGUGGUGCAGCAGAUCCAGGUAUCCGGGGGGCGCUUUCCGCAAGUCGACCGAAUCCAAGUCCCUGUUUAUAUCGACUCGCUGGGGUAGUUUGUCACUUUGGGCAACAUUCUUUUGGGCACUACAUCUGCUAUCGACGGACCCCCUCCCCCUCACCAAGUGGGAAAUACGUCCCUGCUUCCCCCACUCCUGAAAGCAGUGCUGGAACUGGCACUGGCUGGCUGAGGAUAUCAGACUCCCACGUGGACCAAUGCGGCGUCGAGCAUGUGCUGGCGGAGGGCAGUUCUGUGUUCAUGCUUUAUUACGAGCGGAUCCGGCCACCACAGCCCUCUUCCCCACCCAAAAUUGUCGUUCCGCGAAUCUACACUGGCGACACGGAGGCCGCAGACUCGGCAGAAACCAUUCGGCCUGUUGCUUCUUCGUCUCCGACUGGGCCGCGGCUUAUCCGCAGCGUCAUGUUGGGUCGCGCAAACGGCUCAGUGUCGUCUCUUUCGUUGCUCUCGGCGGGCUCUCCGGAGCCAGACGUACCCGGAACACCCAAAGCUGCCACGACGCCUUCUGUGUUGGAUGAAACAGAGGUUGUCGAGCGGUUAGAUCUUGACGAUGAGGAACCACUUGACCUCGACAGACAUGAAGCUACGGAGACGUUACCGACUCCUCCACCAACCCCGCGCGGCGGCUCCGAAGUCCCACACCAAAACCCGAAAGCCAAAAAGAAGAAGAAAAAAGAAGAGCCAACCUGCGCAACCGGAGGUUUCUAUCACGUGACACAUAGAUCGCUCAUUAGUUUGUAA